AUGGGACUGGGAAGCCGAAGCAGUAGCCUGAAAGCAGCAGGCUGGGUCAGCAGCUACCACUUCCGCAACCCAGGCUGGCAGGCAGUCCCCGCCCUGCCCCGCCGCGGCCUCCUCCCCCUCUCUCUUUUCUCCUCCUCACUCCUGCCCCCACCCUACAACUUCUUCCCCUCACGCCGCCUUUCCCCGGGAAGCCAAUAUGGCCGCCGGUGCCGACGCCCGGCCAGGCCAGGCCCAGGCGGCGAGCGCUCCCCCUUCCGGCUUCGCCUGACGGGGGGAGCAUGCGCAGUGAGGUGCGGGCGCGGGCCGUCGCUAAAGUCUGACGUUCGGAGAGUCCGCUUCGGGUUUUCCAGCUGGGUAACCACGGAGAAGCUCACUUCAGCUUCCAGGUCUGCUUUCGGAAGCUGGAAGGGGCUCCUGCGUUCUACUCUUACGUUUCAGUCCUUUUAUGCUACAGUGAAAAAGGAUUGGAAAGAAGUGUGCCCCGCAACCUUACAAAUACGGAGAAAAAGCUCAAGGACCCGAGUUCGAUCCCGAUAUUGCUGUUCUCCUCAAAACAGACAUUUGGAAAAUGUCCAGCCUUCUUUAACUCAAUCUAAAACUACAGUUGGUUCCAAUCUGAUGAGAAGAAACUGGAUUGGUGAAGAUGGGGAGAUGUGGCUCAGAGAACACAAAGUAGCAGAUAAAAUGCAACGGAUUCCCAGGCUCCCUCGGGAGACAGGGGAGGCAUAAGGAAGAAGUCAGAAUAUUUCCUGCCUCCUGUGAAUUACUGCUUUAGUCUCUCAGCUUCUGUUGAACAGUCUGCACCUUGGCUCUGUCUCAUUCCAGAUGGUGGUAUUACUAAGCUAGACCCUUCCUACUCAGGGGAGACCAUAGUUUCACCUACUUCCCACCUUCACUGAUGUCUGGAUUGCCUCAGUGUCCUCAGAUAGCUUCUUAGUUUCUCCAUUAUCCAUGGAAUGAAUUCUGUGUAUUAAAUUCCUCUCAGUUGAACACACACAAAUCACAGCUGAUAUAACCUCAUACAUUUGGAAAUUCCAUCUAGGGCUGAGGGUGUGGCUCAGUAGCAGAGCACUUGCCUAUCACGUGUGAAGCCCUGGGUUUGAUCUCCAGCCCCUGGAAGGAAAAAGUGUAGAAAUUACAUCUAAAAUUUCAGCAAUCAAUAUUCAGAAAGAAGCAGGAACACAAACUACAUAUCAACAUUUUGGGAGGUAAGUAUUCUUUACCGAGAAAUUUAUAACCCUAAAAAUGAGCUCUAAUUCUGAGCCUCCUCCUAGUUUGGCAAUCUUGUUUAUGUUAUCUUCAUCAGUCUAAUUUUUUUCCUUUUUUCACCAAUUCUGUAUUAUUCCUUGUUUUUUUAAACAUCUGUAGCUUUGCUAGGCGUCUCCACUUGGAGUAUCUUAUUACCCUUGAAAACAGUACUUUCAUCUCUCAAACUCUAUUAUUAAUGUAUGCUGGUAGAUUUACUUUAAACUGUAUCUCUCUUGCCCUGACUUCUCUAUUGACUAUCAUUCUCAAGUUUACAAUUGUGAACUGGACAUCUGCACUUGCAUUUUCCGAACACCAAAUUUAACAUGGCUAAAACUGAAUUCAUCAUCCUCUUCCCACUCUCAAGAAUCUCUUGUUCCUAGUGCUAUUCUUGGUACCAGGGAUCGAGUUCUGGACCUUGCGCUUGCGAGGCAGGCGGCGGCACCACUGAACUAAAUCCUGGUCCUAAUGCUAUUCUUGAUGCCAUCACUUUCCCAAAUAUCCAUCCUUGAAAAUUCAGACUUCCCAAGGACAAUGAUUCAUCUCUUUCCUUUUCUUUUUCUUUUGUUUUGAGCACAGAGCCUGACACAUAACUGGUAUGUAGUAAAUAUUUUUUAAUAAAUGUAAGAUUCCCUCCUAAUUCCAUAUCCCUUUGUAUUUUUUUGAGUUCUGUACUGCCCUCCCACAUUCAUUCUUUUUCUUCUAUUUCUGAUGCACUAGCCUCUGGGCCACUCACUUGGAGAAGCAGCAGGAGGACUAAAAUUCUUAGUAUUAAAUUAUAACUAACUCAGCCUGGUGUUUAACACAACCCACGCGAAAUACAAAAUGUUUCCUAGUCAGCAAGAACAGAGAGACCUGACUGCAAUGUUCUUAAUGUUGUUAACAUAAUUAAGAGACAAUGUAUCUAUCAAAUGGGGUACUGAUUUGUGGAAUGUGGAAAACACAGCCAAAAUUAAUGCCAAGAGUCUAGUCUAGUUUGUUCAGGGUGACUCUUGGCUGCAGUUAUUUUGUUAGAUUUAACUGCUCUAGAACCAACCUUAACCUUUAAAUUUCUAGCAAUCCCACAACUACAAAAAUUAAAUUAUCACUGAUGUUGUUCCUCUCUAUUCUUCAUAUCUACUUCAUUCUUUUUGUUGCUUACUCUUUCCUUUGUCUCUCAGUUUUAACUCCUCGUUCUUCCCAACCAACCAUAAUGUACCAAGUUCUCAGUAAAACACACCCAGAUUUGUCCUUUAAUUAAAUCUUUUUGCCUCUUCUUGCCCCUUCUGAAUCUUGUCCAUGGCCACCAGAUCUUCACCCUGGUGCUUCUUUUCAAAUGUAAUGACCUAAGACCCAGCAGUGUACAAAGAUUCCCUGUGGCUUUGCAGUCAGGGUACCCAAAUCAGAACCACACUUCAAAGUCCCAUUUCCUCCUUAAAUUCAUAGCUGCUAUGCCCCACUUACAUUGAUUCCUCACCUGGCUUUCUCUGGGUCCAGGGACAUUGAAGUGAAGUGGAAUUAUUAUGAAACUGACGAGGCUUACCCCUAGUGUCUGUUGCCUGCAAUCUCCUCGCAAACCCUUUACUUAAGUUUUACUUAUCAAUUUGUACUUUUUUUCUAUUUUGUUGUUAUUGUUUGUUUGUUGAAUCAGUCUUGUUAUUUACUUCAGGCUGGCCUUGACCUCACUAUAUAGCCCAAGCUGGUCUCACAGUGAUCCUCCCCACUCUGUGUCUCGAGUCCUGGGAAUACAGGUGUACACCACUACACCCAGCUAUAUUUUUUCUUAAAGGAGGUCUUCCAAAUGGGAAAAGUUCAGGCUCCUUAUAAACAACAUCUGCUCUUAAAUAGAGGCAUUUACUUACAUUAUUUUAAAAAUAUUUUUAAACUAGUUAAUGUAUCACAAACUUGUUUUUUUGUUUUUGCUUUGUUUACUUGGUAUGAGUUUUCUGCUCUGUUUGGUAUAGUGUGGUGCUUAAAAGGGUGACAAUAGAGCCCAAAGACCUGUGUUCAACUUUUAUUUUUUAACUCCCUCGAGCCUCACUUUUUUCACCUGUUAAAUAAGAAUGAUUAUGGUGAAGACCACAUUAUGACUUGUCAAGGCCCAAGGCACUUUUGUCUUCAUGAGCUCCUUUCUCCAUAAAAAUGAUUACAAAUUAUAUUUUGUGACUGUUGGCAUAAAGGAUAAUAUCUUUCAGAAGGAAUCAUAUGCCUUUUAACCCUCUUCCAAUUCUAAAGGAGACUAAAACAUUUUAAUGAGUCCCUAAAAAUAUAGCCAUAUACAUUGUCCAUAAAGAGCCUAAUGGAUAAGCUGACCCUGACUGUAGUUCACGUAAAGAAGUCUGGUAAAUAAUAAAUGAGACAAUGCACAUAAGACACUUGAUAAAGUACCUGGCACAUUUAGAUGCCCAAUGCAUGUUGAUCAUUUUUUGUUGUUACACUGUGUCUCUUUUGUAUUCUUCAUAGUGAAUAACAAUAUAAAUGCUCACUAAAUUGAUUUAAUUAGAGCAUAUUUUACACUAUACUUAUAGUAAUGGAACUUUGAAAACAGAUAUUAAUUCUUGUAAUAUAGUAUCAAUUAAAGCAUGCCUGUGUUUGUAGGCUUGGUUCCUGCACUGUAUUUCACGCAUUUAUUGCUUGCCAGGCAGGUGCUCAGAUGGUUACAAGAUGACCUACCUAAAACAAUGUUCUUUCAUAGUAGAUUCACAGACCCCAUCCAAGAGAUCCCAAAGCCAUAAGAAUUUUAUUAGAGCUCUUGGCUCCAAUCUUUCAUAACAAAUCUUGAGCUAGAUCAGCUGGUGCUUAACAGGACUGCUUGUGGUUGCAACACCUUUGUUCUUCCUCUUUGAUUACAGUAUUAUUUCAAUUUCUGUUGCCAACAAUUGACUACAUGGGAUGUUCGCAAAAGGUUCUUGAAGAAUGUCAAUUUUCAACAUCUACUUUUAUUUUAAUUAAUUAAUUAAUUUUAUGUUCUGUAUGCUGUAAAGAAAAAGACUCUGCAACAGAAAGAUGAUACUUUAUAUGGUUUAACUUUUCCUGCUUUUCAAUUAACAGGAGUCUUAGGAGCUAUUUUACUUUAUAGAAUCUAUAUAAUUACAUAACUUUGCUGUUUGCAUAUGGAAGGCAAGAUUGAGCAUUCAUUAUAGAGAAGAGUUUCAGACUCAGAAAGAGUUGGGGUCAAAUCUCUUUUUUUUUUCUUACCAGGGAUUGAACUCAGGACCUUGUGCUUUUGAGGCAGGUGUGGCGGCACUGAGCUAAAUCCCCGGCCCCCUCAAAUCUUAAUUCCAAUAGAAAACAAUGUGGAAAUAAACACAUACAGUUGUUAAUAGAGGUUAUCUCUAGUACAGGGCAUUGGGGAGAGGAUGGAGAACUCCAAUUUUACAUUCUUGUCCUCUAAAUUUAAUUUGUUACAAUGCAUGUAUAGCUGUGUAACUUGAAAAGCAGAGUAAGGAAGAGGAUCAGUUCUGUGCUGUGAGGUACACAAUUAGGCUUUCUAUGUAGCUGUCCCUUGGUAUCUGCUGGGUAUUGGUUCCAGGACCUCAGCAGCUGCUCAAGUCUCAUGUAAAAUAACAUAUUCACCUGUUACUGAUCAACAUCAUCCCGUAUAUUUUAAAUAAUCUCUAGAUUACUUAUAAUACUUAUUAUGAAUUAAGCGCUAUGUAAAUUGUUGUUAGACUGUAUUGUAUACAGAAUGAUGACAAAAUGAAAUCUUUGUUGGUUCAGUGCAGACUCUAUUUUUUUGUUUUUCAUCCUCAGUUGGUUGAAUCCAUGGAUACAGAACCCAUAGAUAUGGAGGGGUGACUGUGCUACAAUUUACUGAUUCAUAACGUGGAGAAGUUUGAAGGAUUACUGUGAAAUAACACAUAUAAGGCACUUAGAACUUUGCCAGGCACAAAUUUACUGUCCAGUAAAUCUUAGCUGUUAUCACUAUGCAAAGCAUUUAACUCAAUAUCUGGCAUAUAGUAAGGGUUCAAAAAUGGUAGUCUUGCCCCCGGAUUUAGCUCAGCGGCACCGUGCCUGCCUUGCAAACGUAAGGUCCUAAAUUCGAUCCCUGGUACCAAAAAUGGUAGUCCUAGGGCUGGGGAUUUAGCUCAGUGGUGCUGGACCUACCUUGAAAGCCUGAGUUCAAUCCCCAGCACACACACACACAAAAUGUAGUCUUAAAAAAUUAUAGGUAUUCUGACUAUACAUGUAAACGCAUCUUGGUUCUUUUUAUGCAGGUUUUCUUCUUUUUGGCAGUUGGUUGUUUUAAAGGAAAUAUAGGCCCUAAUUGAGGAAUGUUCUUAGAAAUAAUUGACUUAGCCUUUUUUUUUUUUCAGUACUGGGGAUUGAACCCAGUGUCUUCACACUAAACUACAUCCCAGUUCUUUUUAUUUUUUUCUUUUUCUUUUUUAUUUUGAUGCGAGGUCUCACUAAAUUGCCCAGGUUGGUCAAGAACUUGCAAUCCUCCUGUCUCACCAUUCCAGAGUGCUGGAAUUACAGAUAUGUGCUACUGUGCCCAGCUGGCUUAGACACUUAAAAAAAUGUUAUUGUCAGGAAAAGUAAAAAAGAUUGAAAAGCUAUUAAUGCUAAUUGAAUAUUCAUUAUCAAGCCUGAAAUUAUGUUAAAGAAGUCGGUCACUAAAUAUGUGCUGAUAAUGUGGAAACACUAUGAUUUAUUGCUGAAAGAGUGUAAUUGACAUCCUUGGAGGGUGUCAUGGUUUGUGUCUUGAUGUCCCCCGCAAAGCCUCAGGCAGUCAUAGGCUUUCCCAGAGGUGGCUGAAUCUAGAGUGUGUGAUGCUGGGAUUAAGGA